AUGGACUCAAACGGUCCGAUUGCCUGGGAUGUCAAUUCCGCCCCCGCCUCCGAACCCCCGUCCAACUAUGAAGCGAUCGAAUCUUAUGAUCAACCUCCACACCCCGCGCCUCCGCCGCCCAAACCCCCAGCGCCUCGCGGUGCUGGCUACAAACUCAUGCUGCUCAUUUGGAAGGAAUCAUCGUCACCGCCCCGAAGGCACGAGGGCGAAAAUAAUCACCAAAUGGAUUUUGAUUCUGAUACGUACUCGAACCGGUUUGACAAAACGUACCUGGGAAGCUCCUGGCGAUGCAAAAGGAGUUCAAAUAUUAGUCGUUGCAUAAUUGGAUGGGCACCGGAAAAGGAAGGUUCAGGAAAUGAGGUCGAUGAAAUAACUCGCGUUGUGAAUAAACUUGAAACUAUAAUCUCACCAGAUAUUGAAUGGGAGUCUUUCACUUCAGAAAAACGCAUCGAAGACAACGUGGCACAAAGCAGUUUGAAAGAUAUCAAGGACAAAGGUCUCAAAGCCGGGGUUAUCUUCGGCAGGGGCUUAUCCUCCAUUCGCAACAGAGGCGAGGGGACGUAUCCCUACAAAAUAAGAAUGAUGGCGAUAAGAGGGUCCGGGUCGAAGGUUUAUGAAUUUCAGAAGGAAGAUUUUCUCGUAUUACAGCUAAGGACGGAACAAGCUCUGAUAAAGAGUUUAACGGGGAAAAGCCCAACCGGAAAUAUCCAUCUUUACAACACGGAUAACAUGAAAAAUGAAGCACAACAAAGAUCAGGACCUAUAAGACGUAGUUCUAAAAUAACACCGUAUGCAUCCACAUCACGCAGUCCUCCCUCUCCAAUGGUCGAAUUCAAGACAGUGUCCUUAGCCCAGUCGUUAAUAUUUGGCUUUUUGUUCAUGGUUCCCUCGAUUGUCGGGAGAGUCGUGGGGGAGCGAGUAACCGGGGUCAAAGAGCUAAUGAAGCUGAGCGGGGUUCCGAAUUGGGAGCACUGGUUGGCCUGGAUUCUGAACUCGAUGGUCCCUCUGACCCUCUCCGUCGUGGGGGUCGCCAUGAUUGUGACAUGCGUUGGUUCAAGACGCAUGUUCUGGGGCUGUAACGUGGUUCUUCUUAUCAUUCUUCUCGAAGCUUUCGUCCUCGCCACAACGACAUUCUGCUUCUUCAUUUCGACAUUUUUCACGAAACCCUCUUUGGGAACCUGUGUCGGAUUACUUAUUUAUUUUGUGACUGAUGCGGCGACUGUAGUCCUUGGGUUCGGAGCGUAUGCGAAGUUAACCUUUCUGGGAAACUUCUUCGUGUGCCUGUCGCCGAAUUUCGGGCUGGUAAUGGGCUGCAUGAUGAUUGGAAGAUUUGAAAAUGGGGAGACAGGUAUCACGUGGGGGGAUCUUUUCGAGCCGGCUACACCCAAGGAUACAAUGACCUUGGGAUAUGUCAUCCUAGCUUUGCUAACCGCUGCGGUUUUGUACCUCGUGUUGGCCAUGUAUCUGGAAAACAUCAUGCCAACCGAAUACGGCGUGAGGAGACCGUGGCACUAUCCCGUUUCCGACUUGUACCAGAUGUGUCAGAAAAAAAGCACUAAAGUUACUUCCGGAGUUGUGGAGUCUGACCAGGAUUCUCUCGAGAAACCAGGUUUCGAAAAAGAGCCGGAAACACUUAAAGCCGGUGUCGUAAUAUCGAACUUGAAGAAAUCCUUUGGGCGGAAGAAUGCCGUUGAUGGGGUGUCAAUGACCAUGUAUGAGGGCGAAAUCUUUGCACUUCUAGGUCACAACGGAGCUGGAAAGACGACAACGAUUUCUUGCUGCACCGGUGUCAUGAGUCCGACGAGUGGGAGCGUGGUCAUUAACGGGGUCGAUAUCGUUAAAAACCCGAAAGCAAUCGGGUCACAGGUUUGCCUAUGCCCACAGCACAACCUCCUCUUUGACGACCUUACAGUCGAUCAGCACUUAGCAUUCUUCGGACGGUUAAAAGGCAUGAGUUCGUCGGCAGCUAAAAUUGAACGGGGUCAAAUGUUGAACAGACUCCGCUUGACAGACAAGGCAAAUUCUUAUUCAAAAAAAUUAUCCGGGGGACAAAAGCGAAAAUUGUGUUUGGGAAUUGCCUUGAUAGGAGAUGCGAAGGUUGUCUUUCUCGAUGAGCCGACGAGUGGAUUGGAUGUCGAAGCAAGACGAGCCAUUUGGGACGCUUUACUGGCUGAGCGAGGCAAUCGGACGAUAAUUUUGACCACUCACUUUAUGGAAGAGGCGGAUGUUCUUGGCGACAGGAUUGCCAUCAUGGCGCAGGGCAAAGUCCAGUGCUCCGGAAGUUCAAUGUUCCUCAAGAAAUACUUUGGCGCCGGAUACACAUUCCACUUUACGAUGACUGGAAAUAAUGGAAAUAAUGGAGACAGCAUUUUAGCCGUCGUGCAAGGUCACGUACCUACUGCGACAUUAGAAAAAGGCAAAAACGCCGGUGAAUUGAGUAUCACUUUGCCCACGGAGGACUGCCCGACGUCCCUCUUUCCCAAAAUCUUCAAAUCCCUGCAAGAUAAGCAACAAAGCCUUGGAAUUAUAUCAAUGGGCAUGUCGCUUACCACCAUGGACGACGUUUACAUCAAAGUGGACGAGGCUUCAUCCGCAGGUAACAAAUCGGACCCGACACCAGCUCCAUCUGUUGCCGUAACUCCGGCUCCAAGUGAGAGUCAUAGCGUGGGUGUGGGUUCAACAUCCCAAUCGAUAGCACCAGCAGGAUCGGAGGACACAGUCGCCGAAGUACCGGAAGUAGACCCGGAAGAUCUUAACAAAGACAUUGUGAAGUCCCGUAAUCGUGGGGUCACAUUAUGGUGUCAACAGUUUGGUGCUUUCGUUUGCAAACGGUUCUCGUAUAUACGUCGAAAAUGGAAAUCGACGACGACACAGGUCGUGCUCCCCGUGCUUAUCUUCAUCUCCUGCAUCCUAGGAGCAAAUCGUGUAAUGUACGAAACCAUGAAGACGGAUGCCCCAAGUGCACAAAAAAUCGGAUUUGAACCAUACAGCGACAAAAUUAUAACGCUUUAUAACGACAUCAAUGAGGUGACGCUCAAUGAAGCUACGUGGUCUCAUAUAAUCGGCCCUUCUGCCAGACAGGCAGAAGGGCCGACACUGCAGACAAAGUACAUCUUCGCUCUGGAGCUCAAUGAGACAGAAAUCACUGCCUUUUACCAGACAGGCGUUGAAACAAAAUUCAAUAACGAGGACGCUCUCGCGCUGAGUUUAGCAUCCAACGUCCUCCUCGCAAUCACGAUGGAUCGACGAAGCAAUGUUACGCCACAUCUUGAGAUGACGACGCACCCCUUCUCACGCCUGCGCAAUCUUGGCGAGAUGGAGAAGCUGAUGAAAGAGGAAAAUUUCGGUUUGAUUCAAGCGGCAUUGUGCGGUGGCGCAUUUCCCUUCGGACUGGCCAUACUCGCCACAAUGUUUAUCAUUCCGUUAUUGGAAGAGAAAAUCUGUAAUGCUAAACAACUUCAACUGAUGACCGGGGCGAGUCCGUUGAUCUACUGGGGCACCUGUUUUGUAUGCGACUUUGCCAUGGCCUUUGCAACAACUUGUGUCAUAUUCAUUUGCAUAUUCUGUGUACAAGACAAGCCAAUCUAUACUGAUAGAGGUAUCUUAUUCCUCAUCUUGAUCGUGUCAGUUUUUGCUUCCAUCUCGUUAGCACACUUGUUUAGCCUCGCUUUUAAUAAUGUUACGGUCGGAUUCGCAGUCGUGCUGAUUAUCCAGUUAAUGUCUGGAGUGAUUGGUUCUCUGGCAAGCAGCAAUGAGGGUGUGGAAGGUUACACCACGAUGGUCGCAGUAAUGCGAGGACUGUUCAUGUGGUUUCCAAGCUUUGGUACCACACUCUCCGUCAUCAAGUUCCUCACCGUUGCAAUGAGUGACCAUCGUUGCGCCUAUUUUCCCAGCGAGGGGGAAAGUCUGAUCUGCGUUCCUGGCAUGGGCGAAGAUUGGAAGGACUAUGAGAGGCUGAUAGCUCACUGUUGCCAAGACUGUUCCAUUUUUCCUGAAGCAAAAUGCCUCCAUGAAGUAGAAUCGUCUUACUUGGUGUGGACAAUGACGAAGACGAUGAAGACGACGAUGAUGAAGCAGGUGACCCCAAGGCCGACGCAUAAGCCGUGGACUUGGCCGAAGAAUAGGCCGACGACUAGGCCGAGGCCUUGGCCGAAAUAUUUUCCACACCCUUCCUUCGCGGAGGAAGAAGAAGUUCGCGUGGUUGAAAUAUUCCGGGCCGGAUUGGGACAGGAGUUGUUCUACAUUUUGCUUGUUGGAGUCCUCUAUCAGAUAAUCCUCCUCCUUCUCGAAGUCGUGAUAUUUCCAUUGUUAAAAAAACACACGGGGAAGGGAGGAGCACCUCAAGUUGAUCAAGGACAAGUUGACCCUGACGUGCAAGAAGAGGCUGACAGGGUGAAAGAACUCGUUCAAACACGAGCCACUGACCAAGACGCUCUCGUGGUGGAAAACUUUGCCAAAAUGUACGGACCCUUUGCUGCAGUGGCGGACGUAAGCUUUGGCGUCCAUCACGGCGAAUGUUUCGGUUUGCUUGGCGUGAAUGGGGCUGGAAAAACGACGACAUUCCGUAUGCUCACGGGGGAUGAAAGUAGGACGAGGGGUAACGCUUACAUUUCAAAUACCAGCUUGACCCAGUCAGGAAGUGCGUUUUACUCGCGGAUUGGGUACUGUCCCCAAUCUGACGGAAUUAUCGGCGUGCUCAGUGGACUCGAGAUGGUCCUUCUUUUCGCCCGCUUGAGAGGAGUGAAACAGGUCAAAAACGACUGUGCAGAGUGGAUGGAGCGAGUGGGUCUGACUGACAGUAAGGACGUUCAGUGUCGAAACUACUCGGGAGGAAUGAAGCGGCGUUUGAGUGCGGCUAUGGCUUUGGUUGGAGAUCCUGACAUCGUUUUGCUAGACGAACCGACAAGUGGCGUUGAUCCCGUGAGUCGGAGAGAAUUCUGGAAAAUUAUCAUGUCCACGAAAGCCUCUGGCAGAGCGAUCAUUCUCACAUCGCACAGCAUGGACGAAAUUGAGGCGUGCUGCUCCAGGCUGGGGAUCAUGGUAAACGGUCGUCUUCAAUGUCUCGGUGGCGUGCAGUAUCUCAAAUCCAAGUUCGCCCAAGGCUUCACCUUAUCCGUCACCUUGACCCAAGAAGCUCUCACGCUUAACCAAGAAGUAGAGGAGCUAAUUUUCGAAAUUUUGCAAAAGUUUGAUCCUUGCAUGCUCAGAGAUAGACACGCGACGUCAUUACAGUACCAAGUACUAAACCCUACGAUCCCCUGGGACGUUCUGUUUGGCAAGAUGGAGGAGGUCAAGGUCAAGUACGAGAAGCUUAUCGCGGAUUACUCAAUCACGGAAACAACUCUUGAGGAGGUUUUCCUCGCUUUUGCACGAAUGCAGUAUCCAAGUCGAUACGCGGAUACUAAGUGCCCUUGCAAGUGCGGAUGAUACCUUAAGGGUGGGUCUGAAUGAAGUGGAAAUAUUUCUAGCGCCAUCA